CAUCCUGUCCUACUUCCGGCCGGCUGGGUGCAAUACAGGACAUCUGAAGCGGCGCAUCGUGUGAGACGCCUUGGGGAUCCUGGCCGCAGGGAACUCGUACAAAGGCACGCCAACCCGCCACGUGUGACCGACGACACACACACACACACAGACGGAGGAAACACACAGCCGACCGACCAACUACUCACCAUGCCGUCCAAGAUUGCAUCGCCCAUCGAGCCGCCGGCCACGGUCGUCGUCACCGGCGCCAACGGCUUCAUCGCGCAGCACUGCGUCGCCGCCCUCCUCGCCGCCGGCUACCGCGUCGUCGGCACCGUCCGGUCCGCCUCCAAGGGCCGCGCCGUCGCCGAGACGCACGGCGCGCACCCCAACCUGUCCACGGUGGUCGUCGAGGACAUCACCUCGGCGCAGAGCUACCUCGCGGCCCUGGGCUCGCUCUCGCCGAGCGCCGUCCUGCACCUGGCCGCGCCCUUCCACUACAACGCCACCGACUUUGAGCACGACCUCAUGGUGCCCUCGGUGCGCGGCGCCACGGCCGUCCUCGAGGCCGCCGCCCAGAUCAAGAGCGUGGCCCGCGUCGUCCACACCAACAGCUUCGCCUGCAUCUACGACGCCGCCGCGGGGCCCUCGCCGGGCAGGACGUACACGGCGCGCGACUGGAGCCCCCUGACGUACGAGGACGGCGUGCGGGCGGCCAACGCGCCCACGGCGUACCGGGCCAGCAAGACGGCGGCCGAGAAGGCGGCGUGGCGCUUCGUCGACGAGGACCGCCCGGGCUUCGACCUCGUCAGCCUGUGCCCCGGCAUGGUGUUCGGGGCCUUCCUGCCCGGCGCGCGCCCGCGCUCCAUCGACGGGCUCAACACGAGCAACCUCCUCGUGUGGGCCGCCGUGUCGCCCGGCAGGGACGCGCCCGUGCCGCCGACCAAGGCGCCCGUGUGGGUCGACGUCCGCGACGUGGCCGACGCGCACGUCCGGGCCCUGCGGGUGCCCGAGGCCGGCGGCGCGCGCUUCCUGCUGGGCCAGGGCGUCUACUGCAACCAGGAGCUGGCCGACGUCGGCCGCCGCGUCGCCACCAAGUUUGCCGACCGCAUCCCCGUGGGCGAGCCCGGCCGCCGCGAGAGCCACACGCACUUUGGCGUCGACGCCAGCGACACGGAGCGCGUCCUCGGCAUCCGCUGGCGGGGGCUGGACGACUGCCUGGGCGAGCUGCUGCCGCAGCUGUUUGAGAUGGAGCGGAGCCAGCAGCAGGCGUGAGCCAUCGGGACCGCGUCCCAUGUACAUACAUACUUGCCUAUCCCCACCGCGUGGCCGGCAGCGGGUGCAUCUGUAACUUUGUAGCGAUAAUGACUUUAUGAUCG